AUUUUAUAGAGAUGCAAUCUCAAAAUAAUCAAUAUCUCUAAUUUGUUGGUAAACCGCAUAUUUCAGCUGUAAUUGCAGGUGGAAGAAGAAGAGUGAAUUAUACAUUUGAAGACAAAAGUGAACUUGUUGAAGAAUAUGAUAUCAAUAAUCAUGAAUUAAUAAGUAAAUUUUGUAAUAUUAAGUAAAAAAUAGCUAGAAAGUGGAAAAGAGUAUCUAAUAUUAAAGAAUCAUAAUGGGUUUAUGAAGUUGGAGAAGCACCAAUUGAUCAAUAAAGUGAAUUGAAAUUAUCAAAUACAAAUGUAACCAUUUCAAAUUAUAACAGCCUAUUUUUGUUAGAAAAGACACUCCAUAACAUUUCUAAUAUAGAGUUCGUAAUCUUACUUAUCCAGAAGAUGUUUAUUAAAUGGAAGUAGAUGAAAAAACUUAAGAAAUUGUUAUUAGAACAACAAAUAAAAAAUAUUAUAAAAGAUUCUCUAUUCCUGAUAUGAGAAGAGCAAAUCUUAAACUUGAAUAAGGAAAGGUAACUCAUGUAUACAAGAAUAAUACUUUAAUUGUUUCUGUAAAUUAUUUAAUUUAAUAAUUAGUACCCAAAACCAGAUCAAAUACUUGAAAGGGAAUAUUAAAUUAGAUAAGAAUUUGAUAAAUUUAACAAAAAGAAACCUAAAGAAGGUGAUUUAGAGUGUGUAUAACAAUGA